AUGAAAUUCACAUUAAUUGCUUUGAUUGCAUUUGUUUGUUUGAUUGCUUGUUCAUCUGCCGUUGAUCCAUGUGUUACCGAUCCAACCGUUGCUACAUGCAAAAACUAUACUUAUGAUGCUACCGCUGAUAUCACUACUCUCUGCACCAAUAACAAUGGUUCUGCAGUGAUGUGCUCUAUUGUCAAUACCUGUUUAGCCGCCAAGCUCAGCACCGGUGUCUGUGCACCAUUCUCUGUUUUGGCCGACGGUUGCACUGGUGACUUCAAAUCUGCCGACGCCUGUACCAACUACAACUCGUUGUGCGGUGCCAACUCUGUCGUCGACCAAUGCAAGACUCAAGCUGCCAUCCCAAGUUUGCCAUCGACCGACACCGUCAACAAGGAGAUCGUUUCGAUCUGCACUGAGAUGCCAAAGAUGAAAGACUGUGUCACCUGUCCAUACAACACCUCUGUCAGCGGAACCCCAAUGGACUGCGAUGCUUUCAAGGCGUACAGUGCACUCUGCAUCGACAUGCCAAUGAUGAGCCAAUGUUCAUCGUUCAGUAACUACUGCAAGGAAGGACAACCAAUCCCAGCUUCGUCGAUCGCCACCACCUACUGUCCAGCCGCUGCCGGAACCACCACCACCGCCGGAACCACUACCACCGCUGGAACCACCACCGAUACCACUGGUACCACCACCACUGGAUCAGCUUCAUCCCUCACCGCAUCAUUUGCCCUCUUCUUAUUAUCAGGUCUCGUCUUGAUCAUGCAAUAA